CUUCGGACUUUCUUCCCUCCCAUCUACAACGCGGCAGCGAGGGAGAGUGACUGAUCCGAACAUUUUCUGGACGCCGCAGGUCACCUGGUGGCACGUCCUCCCACCGAGGAAGACUCAUCAACGAGCUGACGUCACGCGCAUCGCUGACGUUGCGUCGUCGGGUCCUCCCAUCAGAUCAUUCCUGAUGUCUCUUGUGUUGUUAGCCGGGAGAGCCUGAGGUCUGUUGGUACUGAAGGCUAGCAACGACGAGUACCAGAGGCGAGACCUCGCGGAUCCCUGCUUCCCCAAAGGAUGACCCCUUUCUCCAGCGAGGACCUAGCGAUGGUGCAGGCAAUGCUGAGGCAGCUGUUCCAGAGCGUGAAGGAGAAAAUCACGGGUGCCCCCUCCCUGGAGUGUGCCGAGGAGAUUCUUUUACAUCUGGAGGAAACUGAUGAAAAUUUUCACAACUAUGAAUUUGUGAAAUACCUUAGACAGCAUAUAUGCACCACUUUGGGUUCUAUGAUCGAAGAAGAAAUGGAAAAAUGCACAUCUGAUGAGAAUCAGGGUGAAGAAUGUGGCUAUGACACAGUUGUACAGCACGUUAGUAAAAGAACUCAGGAAUCCGAAGAGUACAAAGAAAUGAUGCAUUACCUGAAGAACAUUAUGAUAGCUGUGGUCGAGUCUAUGAUAACCAAGUUCGAAGAAGAUGAGACACAAAGUCAAGAGAGGCAGAAAAAAAUUCAAAAGGAAAAAAGCCGCAGUUACUGCACAGACAACUGCUCUGAUAGUGAUUCGUCAUUCAAUCAGAGUUACAGAUUUUGUCAAGGAAAAUUACAAUUAAUUUUAGACCAGUUGGAUCCUGGGCAACCUAAAGAGGUGAGAUAUGAAGCCUUGCAGACAUUAUGUUCAGCUCCUCUGUCUGAUGUCCUGAACUGUGAAAAUUGGACUACUCUCUGCGAAAAACUGACAGUGUCUCUUUCAGAUCCUGACCCUGCGUUUAGUGACCGGAUUUUAAAAUUCUAUGCACAGACAUUUUCGUUUUCUCCAUUACAUAUGACCAAGGAAAUUUAUACACGCUUAGCUAGAUAUUUGGAGUUAUACUUUCUUUCUAGGGAAAAUCGUAUUCCUACUCUUUCAGCUGGUGUAGAUAUAACUAAUCCUAAUAUGACUCGCUUACUUAAAAAGGUUCGUCUUCUAAAUGAAUAUCAGAAAGAGGCUCCAUCUUUCUGGAUUCGCCAUCCAGAGAAGUAUAUGGAAGAAAUUGUGGAGAGUACUUUGUCUUUGUUAACAGUUAAACAUGAUCAAAGCCAUGUUGUGUCACAGAUUUUGGAUCCGAUCUACUUUUUUGCAUUAGUUGAUAUCAAGGCUGUGUGGUUCAAAAAAUGGAUGCAUGCACAUUAUAGCAGAACUACUGUAUUAAGACUUCUUGAAAAGAAAUAUAAGUCUCUGGUAACUACAGCUGUUCAACAGUGUAUUCAGUACUUGGAACUGUGUAAGACUAUGAAAGCUGAUGAAACUUUGAGACAUUCAAAGCAUUGCAGAAAUAAGCAGAAACCUUUUCACUACUUAGGAGAAGAAUUACAAUAUAUUUAUUUCAUUCACUCACUGUGCCUUUUAGGAAGAUUAUUGAUUUAUACACAAGGCAGAAAACUAUUUCCUAUUAAGUUGAAGAAUAAAAAAGGUUUGGUAUCCCUCAUAGAUCUGAUUGUUCUAUUUAUUCAACUUAUCUGUUACUCACCAAGUUGUCCAAAGAUGACAUCAGCUGCACAUCCAGGUAAUUCUGCUUCUAUUUUAAAUAGAGAAAUCGAAAACAUCUGGCCGGGUGCGACAGCUCACACCUAUAAUCCCAGCACUUUGGGAGGCCGAGGUGGGUGGAUCACGAGGUCAAGAGAUCGAGACCAUCCUGGUCAACAUGGUGAAACCCCGUCUCUACUAAAAAUACAAAAAAUUAGCUGGGCAUGGUGGCGCAUGCCUGUAGUCCCAGCUACUUGGGAGGCUGAGGCAGGAGAAUUGCCUGAACUCAGGAGGCGGAGGUUGGCAUCUCCAAAUUGCUCUGAGACAGCUUUAAUUCAUAUAGCUGAUAUUUUGGCAAGAAUUGCAUCUGUAGAAGAAGGACUUAUUUUACUUCUUUAUGGAGAAAAUACGAACUCUUCUGAAGAAAGUUCUACAGGUGCUCAUAUAAUUGCCCAGUUUUCUAAAAAACUUCUCGAUGAAGAUAUUUCUAUAUUUUCUGGAUCGGAAAUGUUGCCUCUGGUUAAAGGAGCUUUGAUUUCUGUGUGUCGUCAGAUAUAUAGUACCUGCGAAGGCUUGCAGGUGCUAAUCACUUAUAAUUUGCAUGAAUCUUUAGCAAAGGCCUGGAAAAAGACAAGUUUGCUAUCAGAAAGAAUUCCUACUCCAGUAGACGGUUCUGAUUCUGUUUCUUCAGUAAGCCAGGAAUCCCAAAACAUUAUGACUUGGGAAGAUAAUUUGUUAGAUGAUUUACUACAUUUUGCUGCCACCCCCAAAGGAUUACUGCUUCUUCAGAGAACAGUUGCUAUCAAUGAAUGUGUGACAAUUAUGUUCAACCAAUAUGCAAAAAAAUUACAGGACAGCAGGCAUAAAAAGUUUGACUGUCAAGUUUUGGUUACACAAGUGGCGUCAACAGCAGCAGGUGCCAUUGCACUAAAAAAGUCAGGGUUUAUUAAUGCACUUAUAACUGAAUUAUGGUCUAAUCUGGAAUAUGGAAGAGAUGAUGUUAGGGUAAUCCAUCCCAGAACUACUCCAGUGGAUCCUAUUGACCGAAGCUGUCAAAAGUCUUUUUUAGCACUGGUGAGCUUGUUAACCUAUCCUGCUAUUUAUGAGCUGGUAAGCAAUCAAGAGCUUCCUAAUAAAGCAGAAUAUUCUCUUCGUGAAGUCCCAACAUGUGUUAUUGAUAUUAUUGACAGACUUAUAAUUUUGAAUUCUGAAGCUAAGAUUCGUUCUUUAUUCAACUACGAACAAUCACAUAUCUUUGGUCUAAGAUUAUUAAGUGUGAUAUGCUGUGAUCUGGACACUCUUCUCCUAUUAGAGGCUCAGUAUCAAGUAUCUGAAAUGUUAUUAAAGGCUCAAGAAGAAAAUAUUUUAGAGACUUCUGAGAGCCACAGGGACUUUAUAAUUGAUGGCUUAUCAGUAGAGAGAAAUCAUGUUCUUGUUAGAAUAAAUCUUGUUGGUGGGCCAUUGGAACGGAUUUUGCCUCCAAGAACGCUAGAACAGAAUGAUAAUCCAUAUCCUUGGCCAAUGUUUUCAUCAUAUCCUUUGCCAAACUGCUAUCUGUCAGACAUUUCAAGAAAUUCUGAUAUAGAACAAGACAGUGAUCUUGGCAAGCUUUUAUUAUGUCUCAAAAUAUCUGAUAAACAAACUGGAUGGAUAGAAAACUGCCGAAGACAGUUUUGCAAAAUGAUGAAAGCCAAACCUGAUAUAAUCAGUGGAGAGGCCUUAGUAGAAUUACUUGAAAAAUUUGUGCUUCAUCUCACUGAAAGCCAGUCUGAAUGCUACUUCCCUUCAGUGGAGUAUACAGCUACUGAUGCAAAUGUGAAGAAUGAAAGUCUUUCAUCUGUGCAGCAGCUUGGCAUUAAAAUGACUGUCAGGUAUGGCAAAUUCCUCAAUCUCUUAAAAGUUGGGGCAGAAAGUGAUCUUGCCUGGGUUUUAAAGCAUUGUGAGAGAUUCCUGAAACAGCAGCAAAUUUCCAUAAAAUCUUCUCUUCUCUCCCUGCAAGGGAAUUAUGCUGGCCAUGACUGGUUUGUGUCUUCUCUGUUCAUGAUAAUGUUGGGAGACAAAGAAAAAACAUUCCAGUUUCUUCAUCAGUUCUCUAGGCUUCUGACUUCUGCUUUCCUUUGGUUGCCAAGACUACAUAUUUCUAGUUACCUACCUAUUGAAACUGUCAAAUCUGGCAUUCAUCCAGUGUAUUUUUGCUGUACCCAUUAUGUUGAAAUGCUACUGAAGACUGAGUUGCCUCUUGUGUUUUCAGCUUUUCACAUGUCUGGUUUUGCACCAUCACAGAUUUGCCUGCAAUGGAUAACCCAGUGUUUUUGGAAUUAUUUAGAUUGGAUAGAAAUAUGCCAUUAUAUUGCUACUUGUGUUUUCCUUGGUCCUGAUUAUCAAGUGUAUAUCUGUAUAGCUAUAUUCAAACAUUUACAACAAGACAUUCUACAGCACACUCAGACUCAGGAUCUGCAAGUUUUCUUAAAAGAAGAAGCACUGCAUGGGUUUCGAGUGAGUGAUUAUUUUGAAUACAUGGAAAAUCUGGAACAAAACUACCGAACUGUGCUGCUGAGAGACAUGCGGGACAUUAGAGUGCAGAACACAUAGACCAUGAGACACACAGUUUCAGUUUUUGUUUUAUUUAUCUUUAAAGGCAACGGGGCGGGGGGGGGGUUGGGGGGAGCUUGAUUGUUUUCUGACUGUGUCUGUAACAACAUAUACUUUGUGAAUAUACACAUUAUAAAUACUGAGAGGUUUUGAAUAUAAUGGUAUAUUUAGGUAGGUAUGAACUCAAUUUGUGAAUUCAUUGUUGUAAGUUUGUUGUUUUGUAAGGUUAUUAUAGAAUCAGAUCUAGCUUACUUAUAGUUCUUAUUCAUGUUUAAGAGUUAGUGCUGGCUGGGCACGGAGAUUCAUGCCUGUAAUCCCAGCACUUUGAGAGGCUGAGGCGGGUGGAUCAUGACAUCAAGAAAUAGAUAGUAUCUGGGACAACAUGGUGAAACCCCAUCUCUACUAAAAAUAUAAAAAUUAGCUCGGCAUGGUGGUGCAUGCCUGUAGUCCCAGUUACUCUGGAGGCUGAGGCAGGAGAGUUGCUUGAACCCAGGAGGCGGAGGGUGCAGUGAGCUGAGAUUGCUCCCUGCCCUCCAGCCUGGUGACAGAGCAAGACUCUGUCUCAAAAAAAAAAGAAGAGAAAGUUAGUCCCAACGUACAUCUCCUUCUUUAUUCAGAUGAUUAAAAUAUUUUUUCCAGUGAGUUUGGAAAGGAGAAGCAAUAGUGUAAAUAAUAUUUUGACUAGCUGUAGAAAGUCUAUAAGACAAGGAAAAGAGUUAUUUCUUGCAUUCUUUAUGUCUGUAUAUAUAAAGGAAAAUAGACAAAACCACGACUGCUUCUUUUACAUGUGGAAGAACUAUGAUAUUAUUUAUCAUGGCAAGUAGUAGGAAAAUUGUUGUCCUUGGAUGUAAUUGUUUAUCUAGGAGUUGCUUUUGAUACCUAUAUCAAUUUAUAAUUCUUCGUUUGAAAUGAAGUCUUUACAUGGUUGAUUUAAGAGCUAGAUUGAUUAUUUCAUGCUGAUAAACAUUCUACUCUUAUUUGUUAUGCAUUUUCCUUAGUGAUAGAUUUUACUUGUACUGAACUUGAAAUAUAAAGGAGAAUACAUUUCUAAAUUAUUUUAAAUGGCUAACACUAUGAUUUGUUUUAUUUAAAUAGAAGUAUCUGCACCAGUAAGAUUAAUACAGUAUGUGAAUGUCUGUUUUUUAUAUCAUACUCACACUGAAUAUAUGAAAGAUAAUACAUGAAUAUAUUAUUCACUUUUUAAUCCAUGAGUUUAUCUCAACAAGUUUUUUUAGUUGUAGUUUUUAUUCUUUUCUUAUAUCUAAAUAUAAAUCAACCAAUAAAAUCAUUCUAACUCUAACCCUGCUUUUUUUUUUUUUUCCUUUUCAACUAAAAGUGGGUCAUCCACAAACUAAGUUUUUCAUUUAGCAUGAUCAAAGAACUGGUACUGUACAGUUUUCAAUUUAGUAAUAUUUAGGCUGUUGCAAUAUUAGCCUUCCAAAAUCAAGUUUUAUGCUGUAAAUGCCAACAAUAGCUUCUCAGUAAUAGUGUUCCUAAAGGGCAUUGUAAAGUUGAGAAAAAUAAUUUGAGCAAGUUAAUUUGACAUUUUGGGCACUUUCACUUUGGCUGAUGUGAGUUAAGUAAGAGAGUUACAGAUGACUCAAAAUACCAAGCUUUGUCUACUUUCAAACUUAAUUUUGAAAAGCUGUUCCAUGGAAGCUGUGAUACAUGUUUAUGGUUCCAUUUCUUCCUAUUCUUUUCCUGAGUUAUUGUUAUGGAUCCUAAGAAUUAUGCAGCUUUGUUUCUUUUUAUAAUUGCAUACACAGUACUUGGAAAUACAAAUGGAGAAGAAUGAACUAUAAUUUAAUUUUAUAAUGUUCACUAGUGAUUUUCAUUGGAAACUGAGGUAAGAUGGAGAUUCUAACAAUUACAUUUUGGAAAAAAAAAUAACUUCAGCUAGAGCUAGAAGGCUUUCAUCUUCAUUUGACAUGGAAGUGUCUUAUGAACAAUGUCCUAGCAAUUUGUUUGAUGAAAGAAAAUUUAAAAUAUAGUAGGUUGUGUAGCUAUCAUUAUGAGUUAUCUUUGUACUUAAUUUUAGAGUACCCUUUAGAACAAGCAUACCCUGUCACACACCUUGGUUUUAUUUUUGAUUAUUUAAAAUAUAAGUCCUUAGGCUUUAUUUCUAAUUUGUGGAGGGGCAACUCAUGCAGCUUAUAGAAUUCAAUUACAAUAAAAUAUAUGUUAGAGCAUAAUGUAUAAAGGUUUGUGAAAAAAUUCAUAUAUGUAAAUAUUUGAAUAUCUACUUUCAAAAUUUCAUAUUUGAAGUUCUGUCUCCUCAUAAUACUCUCCUAAAAUAUCUCUGGAGGUAAAAUAAGCCUCAGAAAUUCAUCUGAACUUUCAAACAAGGUUCUACAUAAAUUUGUGGUUAGUAAAUAAUGAUGUGCUCUUGUUUGAAUUUCCAAUUUUCAGAUGUUAAAUUUUGCUGUUUAUUCAUUAACCAGAUAUGUUUUAAGGGUUACACAUAUAUAAUGAAAUGUUUCAAAUAUUCAAGAUAGCAAAAUAAAUGACAUACAGUAUCUCAAAGAGUUCACAGUCAGCAUGGGGAGAUGAAUAAUUUUAAAACCAUGGAAAAAUAGUGAUCAAGGUGACAAAUGAGAAUUGACCUCCAGAUGUGAUAAACUUGAUAAGAGCAGUUCUGAUUAAGUAAGUGAGGACAAAAGUUUGAUUGGAUUGGGUUUAAAUGAUGCUGAGAGGAGAGAUUUUAGAAACUGCUCCCUCUGGGAGUAUUGCUGUAAUGACUAGUAUAGAAAUGGCAACUAAUGCAGACUGGGACCAAAAGAUGCUUUUUGUUUUUGUGCAUGUGUUUUGUUUUUCAAAUGCAAAAUGGAAACAUGUUUAUAUUUGGAUGGAAAUGAUGCAGUAGAGAAGGAACAAUUGAUGGUAGAGAGAAAGAGCUAGAGUAAAUGUCAUGAAUAGACAUAACGGGGAAUGGGAUUUAGUGAAUAAGCGGUGGAAUUUGCCUUUGCUAGGAGCAUGAUCACUGCAUUUAAAGUAACAAGAGGAAACAGAGUAAAUGGGCACAGACAUAGGAUAGCCAUUUGUGGACGUUUUUUGUUUUUUUGUUUUUUAAUCAGCGGUGUAGAAAACAAGGUCAUCUGCUAAAAAUUUGAAUAGUAAAAACUUUGUUGGUUUUCAGGAGAUGAGAGUAUGUGAAAUAAUUGUCCAAGAGUGAAUGGAAUAGGAAAAUACAGUGAAAUUGUGAUUUGCUGGUCAUGAGAUGAGUCAGCAAAGUUUUAUGUUUUUCUCCAGCUGCCUUACACUGUGCAUGGGUUGGCAAGGAGUAAGUGGUAAGUUGGGUUUAACCAAGGUUUUGCUUUAGCUAAGGCAAUAUAUUAAGCAAGGAAGGGCACAAGGAGUUUCUAUUAUAUGCAAGUUAAUUUCUAUAAUAUAGUGACUGCAGUGUUUAAACUGGAUCAAAAGGGAAGUGGGGACAAGAGGGUGGAUAUGUAUGAUACAGUGAAAAGUCCAUAGGAUCCAUUGAUUGUAGGUUUUUAUGUAUUGAAAGAUUAUUUGAUUUGGAACCCUCCAUUGAGGAAGGUGAAAUGAUUAGACCUAACAAUUGUUAAGUAAAAUGGUUAAAAUUGAGAUUGACCAUGAGAAUGAGUAACUAGAGGAAAGAAGAUGGAUGAGAUUAUGUGAAGAAAGGAAAUCAAAGAGCUGAGGUUUCACUUUUGGAAGAAUUAUCUUUUUGGAUACUGGAGUUACCAAAUUUUGACAAGGAAUUAUCUUGAAUAGCUUGAAAAUAAGGCAAAAGCUAAAAUUUUCAAGGAUCAGUCUAGAAAGAAAAAAAUUAUAAGAGGACAUUGAAAUGCAAAAAUAAAUAGAAACCAAAAGCAAUGAUACAUAAUUAUUAUUUCAAUGUAGUAUCUAAUCUGUUAAUAAAACAUACCUAAUUUCUUUGAGGCCUUUGAUUAGUCUGGCGUUUUUUACACAUAAAGUGUAAGCCAUAAAAGAAAAAACUGGUACAUUUUUUGUACUUCUUCAAAAUAAAAAACUCCUCCAAAUAUACUCUCAAAUAAAUGAAAAAAAAAAUAAGAGAUUUGCAGAACAUAUCUAGUAAAGAACCUUGUAUUCAGAAUAUGUAAAAUUUCUAACUAUUCAAAAGUAAGAGAAUGAACAAACAACAAAAUAGAAAAUAUCUGGACAGACACUUCACCAAA